AUGGAAGCACACAAACGACCCGGGGAUCAUUCCACCGUGCUGCCGCCGAUAACGCCGACAUCGCAAUCACCUGAACACCUCGAAUCACCUGGGAAACUCAACCACGCCAUCGUCAUCGCAAUGCCGGAGAAGAGAAAUUGCGGCGGCGCUGCCGCUUCCAGCAGAGAGGAGGAUCAACUGCCAAUGAAAGAAACCUUCCGUCGUUGGACGGCCUUGACGGCCCUGGCAUUUAUGUGGACAAGUGCCCAGGCCCCGUUGUAUCUUUUCGGCGGUGCUCCGGUUUACAUCUACCGUGAGCUCGGUGGCACUACUUAUUGGGUCUGGUUCAUCGCUGCCUACCUUCUAGCUGCUGCCGCGAUCUCUCCCUUUGUCGGCGCCCUUUCGGAUCUCUUUGGUCGCCGUUAUGUUGCGAUUAUUGGCAACUCUGUGGUCAUUGUCGGUCAGAUCAUCUGUGGUACUGCCAAUGGCAUGGACAUGUUUAUUGCCGGGAUGACGGUCACCGGCGUUGGCGCAGGCAUCAACGAACUUACUGCACUUGCCGGGACGGCUGAGUUGGUACCAGUUUCGCAGAGAGGGUACUAUGUCGCUGGGAUGAUCUUGACCAUCCUCCCUUUCCUGCCAUGUGCCAUGUAUGCACAACUGAUUUCGGCCUACUCGGACUGGCGGUACAUUGCGUUGGUCACAUCACUUUGGACAUUUAUCGGUCUGAUUUUAACAAUCGCGUUCUAUUUUCCUCCUGGACGCUUCAAAUUCCAGGGAACAGGGGAGAAGAUAACCUUUCUGAAAAGGAUGGACCUACUUGGCGGUGGUUUGUCUAUUGCAGGCCUGUCGCUCUUCGAGGCUGGUAUCUUGGGAGCCGGCUAUCAGUUCCCUUGGGCGAGUGCCCAAGCGCUUGUUCCCAUCAUUAUUGGUGGUCUCUGCUUGGUUGCUUUUGCCUCCUGGGAACACUGGGCUGCUUCGAAUCCCAUUAUCCCCCGCCAGCCGAGCAAAGCUCCACGAACCUUGGCCCUGACUAUGAUCAUCAUCUUUAUCUCUGGUGCCAACUUCUUUUCGGUCUUGAUGCUCUGGCCCGGUGAGGCCUAUAAUGUUUACGGUCACAACCCUGUUGGAGUUGGUGUCCGCGGCAUGCCCUUUGCCUUUGGCACAUUCACCGGCUGUUUUAUCUCCCUCAUCUUCAUUUCCUGGUUCCGUGGCCAUGUUAAGUGGCUCGUCUUUAUCUCUUCGGUACUUAUGACAGUUGGCUGUGGAUGCCUUUCCCUGGCAAGGGUCGACAACAUCCACGCCGUCUAUGGCAUUCUUUUUAUUGCGGGCCUGGGAGUUGGCGGCAUUACUGUUCCGGUAUCAACCAUUGCCACAAUUGUCUGCAAGGGAGAGUACAUCGCAACGAUCACAGCGCUCACAUUUACGGUUCGUAUCGUUGGAGGGGCUGUUGGAUAUACAGUGUACUACAACGUCUUUGCCCACAAGCUUGUCUCGGAACUCAAAGAAGUUCUUGGGAUGGAGUGUGUCCGGCUGGGUAUCACCAACCCCACACUUAUUGCCCAGGUGAUUAACCUGACAGCUGCCUCUCUGGUCAAAGAGAUUCGGUAUCUACCUGGUGUUAAUGAGAAUACCUGGGCCCAGCUUGUUCUUGCUGGCCAAACGGCAUUCUCAAAUGCCUAUCCCUGGGCAUACUACUGCAGCGUGGGUUUUGGCGCAGUCUCAGUCCUGGCCAGCCUCUUCUUGGAGGAUCUCACAGAGAUGAUGGAUGACUCUGUGGUUGCCAUGCAGUGGGCCAAUGAAAACAGGGAAUCUAACCAGCAGGAGAGCUCCUCCUAA